AUGCUAUGUUCACAGCACAUUCCUUGCACAUCGAACAUAUGGUGUUCUUUCUGCUGCUGCGUGACCUUGGCUCAGGUGACCUUGGCAACAGGGGAGUACUAUCAAGCAGAAGAAAAUCGCACGAGUUCUGGUGCCAGCACAGACACUGUCAGGCUCCAUGGACCGAAACAGCAAUUGGUGUGUCCCCUGACCUCUGCACCAGCGGCGUCUUCCCUGCUUUUGGGCAGCGGCUAUUGCAAAGGCAGCACUGGAGCUGGCUACACAGACUUCUCACAGUCCCACGAGGAUCGGCUGGAUUUUCACGUCGAAGCCUCCCAUGGGGCUGGCACCUAUGAACUUCGCUUUCGCUACGCGGAUCGCUACAGCGAGAUCCGAUCGCCUGGGAAUCGUCAACUGCGUUUGCUGGUGAACGGAGUGGUCACGACCGACGCCUUGGUCUUUGAGCCCUCGGGCCCCUUUCCCUCGGGCGGUCGGAACGACUACUGGUGGAGCGUGGCCAGCGCGAGCUUCACCUCUGGUACCAACCUCGUGCAGUUGCAGGUGACCAGCCACUGGGGUCCCAGGAUCGACCUGCUGCAACAGGGUUGA